CCUUGUGGGAUCUGAGCACAAGUCUUUCCAUGCUAUUUCCCAAGUUGCAACCAGCUCAGCCCUCCAAGGUGAGAAAAAGCCAAGUCACCUUGGCUCCUUGCCUAGACUCAUAUAUAGAGAGCAUACAGCAACAUUCUUUUGCUUCUACAUAUACAUGUCCUCGGCUCCUCACACCAACAUCCAGGACUUCUUAGCUGGGUGUUGGAUGUUCUUGGCUCUUCAUACAGCCACAAUACAUCACAGUGAAGUUUCCACUGAGCAGCAACUAUCCCUAAUCCUGGGGUCGGCUGGAACCUGGAAAUGCAUCUUUUCCCACUGAUUUCGUUGGUCAAACAAAGUGUUCUUGGCACAAGAUGUUCUGAACAAGUUGUCAUCAAACUCUUUUUUGCAUGAGCUUCUGCAGACAUACCUGGAACUCCUAGGAAGCAAAUUUCCAUACUCUAGCAAUGACUUGCUUUUCUGCACUCCGGUGGAAAAGGAAUUCCAGAAGCCAAAGUGUGCAGCAUGACAUAGACAUACCGGUCUAUAGCAACGUGAAGAUCUACUCCUCCAAGGAGCUCAAGAAAUCCACAAGAAAUUUCUGCUCAGGAAACAAACUUGGACAGGGUUCUUUCGGCUGUGUCUACCUGGGGAGGCUGAAGAAUGGUCAGAAAGUUGCCAUCAAGGUGCUGUCCUCAGAAUCGAAGCAAGGAACAAAGGAGUUCUUGAAUGAGUUGAGUGUCAUAUCCAGCAUAACCCAUCACAACCUUGUAAAACUGCAUGGCUGCUGCGUCGAUGGAGGUCAGAAAAUGCUUGUCUACAAUUAUUUAGAGAACAACAGCCUUGCAAAGACCCUCUUCGGCAAUUCCAACAGCAGCAUCCGGUUUGACUGGAGGACUAGGGUGAAGAUCUGCAUUGGUGUUGCAGAGGGUCUUGCUUAUCUGCAUGAACAAAUCCGGCCACAUAUCGUCCACCGUGACAUCAAGGCAAGCAACAUUCUGCUCGAUAAGGAUCUGAACCCUAAGAUAUCGGAUUUCGGGCUAGCAAAGCUCUUCCCGGGCAACAUGACACAUAUCAGCACCAGGGUUGCAGGAACGUUAGGGUAUCUUGCACCGGAAUAUGCGAUCCGAGGACAGCUGACGAAGAAGGCUGAUGUCUACAGCUUUGGAGUUCUGCUCCUGGAGAUUGUCAGUGGCAGGUGGCACAAUGACCCCAGAUUGCCUCUCCAAGAUCAGUUCCUCCUAGAAAUGGCUUGGACACUCUACGAGUCUGGUGAUCUAGAGAUCCUCAUCGACAGGACCUUAAACGGUGGUUUCAGCAUCGAGGAAGCACAACAGUUUCUGAGAAUAGGGCUACUGUGCACCCAGGAUACACCUAAGGUCAGGCCCUCCAUGUCGACGGUCGCCAAGAUGCUGAAGGGCGAAUGCGCCGUCGGCGACAAAAUCAUGAGGCCAGGCCUGAUCACAGAUGUCAUGGACCUGAAAGUCAGAACACUUGAGCCUCUUCAGUUAGGUGUGUCUCCAGCAAUAUCUCCCAUAGAUAGCCAGUCACUGGUGUCUACACUUGCAUUAGCCGGCAGCACCAUAAUAAGGAAGAGCCCCUGAGGGAAACUUGAAGAAAACAAUGGCUGUAAAGCAACAAUGUCGAAAGAGGAAUUUAGUGUUGUUUGUAUUUGUAGGCUGCGAGCACCUGAAUUUUGAUGAUCAGCAGCAAUUGAAGAUCCUGAGGUCACAGGUUUCAGUUGUAAGUUCUGUGACCGAUGAACAUGUUUCAGCACAAUAAGGUUCAAAAGUACAUGACCCAAAUCUGGUAUUAUUAA